CACAUCCGGAACGCGCAAGGAACUCUGGCGGCACUGCUGCUGCAUACUGCACUUGAUCGGCUACAGGACCAGGUUUCACCCCACGCCGUACGACUUUCACCCGCGUCGUCGCCUCCCUCUCGCCGCUCAACGCAAAGUGACCCUCUUGUACACUCCCCCGGUGAUAACAAGCAUCGAGCCGUGCAACAACCAAACUCGGCCUUUUGCACGACACGACACGCAGGUAGCAGCGACGACGACGACGACGAAAAGACUCUGAAAGACGGCCCGACCGCGUGACGAAAGCCACCAAGCAGCAGCAGCGACCACGGACCUCCCUAAUUUCAGCCUAGCACCAAACGAACACGAGACUCUGCAGCAGCAGGUAGUUAGCAGCGGCACGCUGGCACGCACGACCUUGGCCUCUUGGAAAAACAAACGACGCUCACUUCGCACCCUCCCAUACUCACCCAACACACAAUGUCCGCGCCCGCAGCACAGCCAAAGCGGCACAGGCGCUCCGACGGCCGCGUCGAGGGCAGACGCUCGACCCGCGACCCCGACAGCUCGCAGGACGCCAGCGAGGAGGACAACGACGUUUCCGACGUCGCUUCCUCGAUCAACGCGCCAUCGCUGACGCCUUCGGUGGCGUCGUCGCCGCGCCUCAACCCCCCAGCAUCUGGCAAUGGGCCGACAUCAGCCUCGCGCGGCAACGUCCCCCUCCCCCCGCUUCCUCUGCCCCUCGGCGUGGCGCUCAACCCCCUGCUGCGCCGCAAAGAUGCCAAGGACUGGACUGACGAGGGCCUCGAGUCGCCUACAUAUGACGGCGACAUUGAGAGCUCGUCGACCAUCGGCACGCCGAUCCACGCAAACCACUCGCACAACCACGCACUCGGCCACCAGCGCCGCUCGUCCUCGCCGUCCCCGCAGGGCCCAUCAACAACGUCCCCAGGGUACCCUCUUGGCCGGGCGCCUACCCCCAAGGCGUCGCGUGCCAAGCUCGUGCCCGACAUCCCACCCCCGCUCGGCAACCACCCAGGCGACGUGCCCGUGGCCGAGUCUGAAUCACUCGCCAACCCGUACCGCCACCACGAGCAAAAGUCGACUGGGAACAAGGCUGUGAGCGCCGCUGGCCCGCUCAGGAUGUACACGCGUCCCGUCGAGCUUGGCGAGGACAACAUUCGUGCGUUUGUCCAGCGCGCUAUCGACGGCCGUGGCGAGGAGGACGGCGUCGACCGCUGGUGGAAGACGUCGCCCCCACCAUCAGACCGGCCAGUGAGGAUCUACGCCGACGGCGUGUACGACCUGUUCCACUUUGGCCACGCGCUGCAGCUGCGCCAGGCCAAGCUGUCGUUCAACAAUGUCCACCUCAUUGUCGGUGUCUGCUCGGACGCGCUGUGCGCAGGCCACAAGUCGGCCCCGGCCAUGACGCAUGCCGAGCGCUGCGAGGCGGUGCGCCACUGCCGCUGGGCCGACGAGGUGUUCCCCGACGCGCCGUGGGUCGUCGACCAGGACUUUAUCGACAAGUACGAGAUUGACUACAUUGCGCACGACGAGCUCGUCUACCCGUCCAAGGACAUGGAGGAUGUGUAUGCGUUCGCCAAGGGGCAGGGCAAGUUCCUGCCCACGCGCCGGACGCCGGCGAUUUCCACGUCGGACCUGCUCGAGCGCAUUGUGCGCGGGUACCGUGAUGGCUUCUUCGACUCCAAGCUUGAGAAGAAUGGCCAGAUCGAGCUGCUGGCCGCUGAUGUCGACUGGGACUCGGACAAGAGCGUCGAGCGCCGCCAGCGCCGGGCUGCUGCCGCCAAGAAGAGCAGCAAAGCUUAGAGGAAGGAUCCGGUUAUCGAGUUGGGUUGGGUUGAAUGAGGUACUAGUUGGGACUUGGGCCGCGUCGCUGUCACUGCGGCUGUCGCCGCUGCCACUGCCGCCGCCUCAUAUACAAUGGUAAUUCUUUGCGCUCAGACAUUCCCGCCAUGCCCGCCGCCGCUAUGGCUUGCUUGGCUUGUGACUAUCCUACUGCAUGCA